UUAAAUUUUCAGCUUUUUCACGAUCUCUGUCGUGAUUGGAUCGAUAGAAAAUUCGUUUACUUAACACUCUUACAUUAUCAAAGGCAACUUGCAAUCGUUUUCUGUAGUUCAAAAUGCUAGGAUAAAGUUCUUAAAUCCCCAUUCGAUGAAACUUCGCUGACAAGGCUUGUUUUACGUUAUCUUUCGAUUUCUAGCUCUGCUAUUACAAACAAAGGUUACAAAAAAAAUGUCAAGGCCUCUGCAUCGAGGUGUAUCUGCAACACGGAUCUCAGGCAGCAACUAUGAUCUAUUGGAUUCACAAUUGAAAGAUAAAACUGAAAAGGAGGAAUUGGAUAGAAAUCAUUCUUCCCUCAGGUUUCCUUUUUGGCUACCCUUUUCAGAUAAUUCUCCCUCAAAAUAUGAUGCCACUGACAAUGGUUUUGCAUAUGAUCCUUUCACUGUUGGGGCUCUGAGAAGCCGCCAUAGGUUAACAAUGCUAUUUUUGAAGUCAAGUUUAGUUAUGAUUGUGAUUCUUGCUGUCACUGGUACAUUUUGGUGGACACUUUCCAUUUCAACAUCAUCUAGAGGUUAUAUAUUUCAUAGUUAUAGGAGACUGCAAGAGCAGCUUGUUUCAGAUUUGUGGGAUAUAGGGGAGCUUUCUUUAGGUACUUCAAAGAUGAAAGAACUAGAAUUCUGCCCGGAGGAGUUGGAGAAUUAUAUUCCCUGUUUUAAUGUUUCAAGGAAUCUCGAUUCGGGUUUUUCAGACGGUAACGAGUAUGAUCAAGUAUGUCGACAAGGGUCGAGGCAAAGUUGUUUAGUUCUCCCACCUUUGAACUAUAAAAUUCCUCUUAGGUGGCCGACUGGGAGAGAGAUUAUUUGGGUUGCAAAUGUUAAAAUCACCGGUCAAGAGGUAUUUUCCUCGGGCAGUUUAACCAAGAGGAUGAUGAUGUUGGAGGAAGAGCAGAUUUCCUUCCGUUCGGCGUCACUCAUGUUUGAUGGUGUGGAAGAAUAUUCCCAUCAGAUCGCUGAGAUGAUUGGACUGAGAAAUGAAUCUAAUUUCAUACAAGCUGGGAUUCGAACCAUCUUGGAUAUAGGAUGUGGUUAUGGCAGCUUUGGAGCACAUCUCUUUUCCGAACAGAUUUUAACCAUGUGCAUUGCGAACUACGAGUCCUCCGGCAGUCAAGUUCAACUCACUCUCGAAAGGGGCCUUCCCGCAAUGAUUGGUUCUUUCAGUUCAAAACAGUUACCAUAUCCAUCUCUUUCUUUUGAUUUGCUGCAUUGUGCACGCUGCGGUAUUGACUGGGAUAAGAAAGACGGUAUUUUCUUGAUUGAAGUUGAUAGAGUUCUAAAGCCUGGUGGAUACUUUGUGUGGACUUCACCUCUUACCAAUGUUCACAAUUCUCUUCGUGACAAAGAGAAACAGAAAACAUGGAACUAUGUUCGAGAUUUUGCGGAAAGUCUCUGCUGGGAAUUGAUGUCACAACAAGAUGAAACUGUUGUGUGGAAAAAGACCAGUAAAAAAAGUUGUUAUAACUCUCGGAAGCCUGGUUCGGGCCCUUCUAUAUGUAGCAAAGGGCAAGAUCUUGAGUCUCCAUAUUAUCGACCCCUUCAGAACUGCAUAGGGGGUAUGCAUAGCCGCCGAUGGGUUCCUAUCGAGGAGAGGGCAACCUGGCCUUCUAGGUCUAACUUAAACCCGACUGAACUAGCUAUAUAUGGUCUUCACUCUGAAGAACUAAAUGAGGAUACUGCAGAUUAUAAGACAACUGUUCAUAAUUAUUGGUCUCUUCUGUCACCACUAAUAUUCUCCGACCAUCCGAAGAGACCCAGCGACGAAGAUCCUUCUCCACCUAAUAACAUGGUCAGGAAUGUGUUGGACAUGAACGCCCACUAUGGUGGUUUAAAUGCUGCAUUAUUGGAAGCCGGGAAGUCUGUUUGGGUGAUGAAUGUAGUCCCGACAAUUAGACCUAACUACCUUCCCCUGAUUCUUGACCGGGGUUAUUUUGGUGUAUUACAUGACUGGUGUGAAGCAUUUCCAACAUAUCCUAGAACUUACGAUAUGGUACAUGUAGAAGGACUUCUAUCUCUUGAGUUUAGUCAACGUUGGAGGUGCAGCAUGCUUCAUAUAUUCACCGAGAUAGACCGGUUGCUUCGUCCCGAGGGUUGGAUAAUUAUCCAUGACACAGCUUCGCUUAUCGAAUCGGCUCGAGCUCUAACGAGGCAGUUGAAGUGGGAAGCCCGAGUCAUAGAAAUCGAAAGUAACAAUAACGAGAGACUCCUAUCUAUCAGAAACCGUUCUUCAAAAGACAAGCAAGCUAAGAACCAUUUCUCGAAGAGAAACCUGAAGUUCAAGUCUCUGUAUUCAAAUUCACUUCGUGCAUGUUUAAGUAAUCAUCAUAAAAGGUCCACCAUGAAUGGGGGAUACCAUAUAUUUAGAUUGGAAACGAGAAAACAGAAAGAUAACGGAGGAAAGCAAGAACAAAACUCGAUGGCACCAGCGACAACUCCUAUGGAUCCGCAAGGCGUACAUAGGACCUUGUAAGUACUCGAAUUGAGGCACCAUUGCAAGUUACAAACUAUAGCAUUAGAUUUAAAUUUUCACAGUAUGUCUCAUUUAUAACUAUACAACCACAUGAUUAAGAUUGUGAAGAUCUCAAGAGUAAGCUGUGAAUUAUAGUGAAAGGGUAAAAUAGAAUUCCUUGACAGUGUCAUUUAUGAUUAA